UCCGCGGGGAACUGCAGCAGUUUAACUCGUUCCUCGCCGGCUGUUCGUGUCCUAUCAGUGGAAGAUGGCGACCAGAGUCCUUCAGAGCUCUUUCUCCGGCCUCUAUCGGGCUGCACACACGGGCCGGGCGAAAGGACGCGCUUCCGCGGUUAUCAGGGGUCUGUCGGCGUCUAAUAACCGGAACCGAGAGGACAGCUGGUUCAAAUCACUGUUUGUGCGGAAGGUGGACCCCAGAAAAGACGCUCACUCCCAUCUGCUAGCCAAGAAAGAGGACAACAACUUGUAUAAGAUCCAGUUUCACAAUGUGAAGCCCGAGUGCCUCGAGGCCUACAACACACUCUGUGACCAGGUGCUGCCGUCCAUCCACGCGGACAGCGCUUACCCGUGUGAGCUGGUGGGCACCUGGAACACCUGGUACGGGGAGCAGGACCAGGCUGUGCACUUGUGGCGGUACAGAGGAGGAUAUCCAGCUCUGACUGAAGUCAUGAAUAAACUGAAGAACAACAAGGACUUCCUGGAGUACAGGAAGGAGAGGGGGAAGAUGCUGCUGUCCCGCAGGAACCAGCUGCUGCUGGAGUUCAGCUUCUGGAACGAGCCGGUGCCCAGAGACGGACCCAACAUCUACGAGCUGCAACUAUCAGCGAGCUGUGCUCCCGGGACCAUGAUCGAAUGGGGCAACUACUGGGCCAGAGCCAUCAGCUACCGGCAGCACAACCGCGAGGCAGUGGGCGGCUUCUUCUCUCAGAUAGGAAACCUCUACAUGGUGCAUCAUCUCUGGGCGUAUAAGGACCUUCAGUCCAGAGAGGACACGAGGAACGCCGCCUGGCAGCACGAGGGCUGGGAUGAAGUCGUCUAUUACACCGUGCCCCUCAUUCAGCACAUGGAGUCCAGGAUCAUGAUCCCGCUGAAAGCGUCUCCGCUCCAGUAGUGCCUCCAUCGAAAUCAUCAGUUCAUCCCCAUGAGCUCCAGACCAGACACCAGAUCUCACCGUGUGUCCCGUCACGUGCAGCACACUUGUUCUGAGCAGGAAAAGUGCACCAGCAAACCCAGCUGAACUUGUAGGAAUGAAAGUUUGGAGAAUCGCUGAUACGAUCUGAAAUCUGCUGCUCACGUGAAUCUGUGUAAUCACAAGGCCAGAGAUCUGUUAAAUAAAGGGUUGUGAAAGUGCAUGAAAUUGUAGUGUAGAGUAUUAACCCUUUCUGGUCUGGUACAGCUUUGAUUCACCAUAUCUCAAAACAAACAUAUCUGAAUGCCUUAGACGCGUAUGACCUGAUUAUCUUCACUGUUCACCCUGCUGAGAAAGAGCUGCAAGCUCCUCGUGUAUUUAUUACAUAUUUAUAAGCUGUAAAUAUAACCCCCCACAUGGAGACUAUUCAUGUUUUAAUUACAUACAGCGGAACCCAUCCUACAUAUUCAGAUAGAUUAUCAACACAUCUAAUGUCUAAAUACACUGUUGGUUACUGAAUUGCCCUCGUUUAAUCAAAUCUGUGAAACUGGGUCUGGACGAGCCUCAUCGGGGACAGCUUGUGUGCAAAACUAUAUAUUUUUUAGUUGCUGUAUUUUGUUUUUAUUGUUUCUACAUAGACAUGCUUCUGUGUUGUGAGAUGCCUGAGGAAGUGUUCUGAUCGGUAGCCCGCUGACGGACUGAUUUAGUUCUGGUGUGAUCAUGGCAUGCUCAGUCUGCUGUACGCUCAUCAACAGCACAAGAGCGUUCAGAUCAAUACUGUAAUCAAUAAAUCAUUAAUGAUCCUUCCA